AUGGAAUGGAAGGUUAAACAGCAGGGCACGGACCCGCCACAACAUCCUGACUGGUGGCGACAAAGUAAAGAGGAUGCAGCCAGAGAGUAUACCAGUCAGAACCAUGGCCUCGGUCAACAGCCCACAGAACAAGCCGCAGAUGUAGAAAUGACAGAUUUAGGUACAGCAACAGCGCCUCUCAUUCAGGACACCCAACAAACCGACACCUGCUUUGAUAGCUAUAUCUCCAACUUUGCGGGCCAAGGAAGGCAAAUGGGAUACCACGGACUAGCAUACGCCGUUCUAGUCAGCGUAUAUAACACGCCGAAUGAUAACCGCCGGGUACAGCGGCUCGAUGUUAUCGUCGAUCAGACCUUGAAGCGUCUCAAGGGUCGCCGUCCUGCAUCCUGGUGGGCUCUGUCCCUGAUCUCCCUGGUGCUCGUCUGGCUAGAGAUUGGAAUGGCUUUCAUGAUCUCCUACAACGUUCCAACGCAUCUAUCUCCGUUGCCAGUUAUGUUCUCAUUUGGACGCGUUGGGAAUGCAGCUUACCGAGAUAUACCUGGAGUCUAUACCCAUAUCGCGGACCCUAAUGAGCGCCGGCGGAUGGCCCUCGCUGAGGUAGAUAAAGCACCAUUUGGAUGGUAUCACAUACGACUAGCAGUUGUGACUGGGAUUGGGUUCUUUACCGAUGCCUACAGUCUAUUUGCCAUAAACCUUGCCGUCAUUUUAUUAGGGAUCGUAUACUGGCAAGAUGAGGAACAUAAAGGAGUCAUGCCUCAUGAUGCCGAUACAGCGAUCAAGGUCGCAACGUCCGCUGGCGCCAUUUUCGGUCAAUGUAUCUUCGGAUAUAUGGGCGACCUUCUAGGAAGAAAGAAAAUGUAUGGGGUAGAGCUGAUGAUCAUUAUCGGCACAACACUUGCACAAUCGCUUUGUGGAGAGUCGGCGACUGUUUCAAUUGUGGGUGUGCUCAUCUUCUACAGAGUUGUAAUGGGAAUCGGUGUCGGUGGCGACUAUCCACUCAGUGCGGUCAUCACAGCAGAGUUCGCCAGUACCAGAUACCGCGGUGGUAUCAUCGCAGCCGUCUUCGCCAUGCAAGGCCUUGGUCAACUCGCAGCCGCCUUAGUAACCCUCAUCGUAGUCAUAAUCUUCAAAGACGACCUAAUCGGUGUAGCCAAUGUGGGAGAAUGUAUAGGGCAGUGUGCCAUGCGUGUCGAUAAGAUGUGGCGUAUCAUCAUUGCCUUUGGCGGAAUCCCCGGAUGGUUCGCACUAUACUAUCGGCUCACAGUACCGGAAACGCCACGAUACACGUUCGAUGUGCUGUACGAUGUCGAGAAAGCCUCGGUCGAUGCACGUAAAUACCGCUAUGGCAAGCAGGGCAAUGUAGUAAACCCUGUUAUGCAGGCGAAGACGCGUAGUGAAAUGGCCAAGUACAAGACGCCGCGACCUACAUUGAUGGAAGUACUACGUUUCUACUCGCAGAAACGUCAAGCCAUCCGCUUAUUCGGCACUUCGAUGUCCUGGUUCUUCCUAGACCUAGCCUUUUAUGGCCUUGGAUUCUCCUCUGCCUCUUUGAUGUCCACAAUGGGCUUCGAUCAACGCGCAAAUCUCUAUCUCUACCUGCGCAACACAGCCACGGGCCAAAUCGUUCUUAUCUGCGCCGGCGCCCUUCCAGGAUACUGGCUCACCGUUUUUACUGUCGAUACCAUCGGCCGCAAACCCAUCCAGAUAGCCGGAUUUGGCAUCUUAACCAUCAUCUUCUGCGUCCUCGGCUUCGCCUGGCAAGGCCUCACAAAGACUCACCUAUUAGCGCUAUACGUGCUAGCACAGUUCUUCUUCAACUUCGGGCCAAACGCCACAACGUUCAUCACACCGGCAGAAAUUUUCCCUACAAGAGUACGGUGUACAGGUCAUGGAUUUAGUGCCGGAAUGGGUAAGCUAGGUGCGGUGUUUGCGCAGAUCUUCUUUGCGCCCAUGAUCAAGAGGGGGGCUACGCAUGAUAAUCCGACGCCUUGGAUCCAUGGCGUGAUGCAGAUUUUUGCGCUUUUCAUGUUUCUGGGUAUGUUGACUAGUUUCCUUGUUCCAGAAUCGAAAGGAGCGAGACUGGAGGAAUUGGCUGGCGAGAAAGAAGAUGUGUAUGAGUUGCAGGCUAGUCAGUGGCGGAAUCGUGGGGGUGCUGCCGGGAUAGUGAGUGGAGGGGGUGCGGAUGUAGAGGGCAUGCUGGGUAACACGUCGGUUAUUAUUGCAAGGGGGAGCGGCAGUGCGAGUGCGAGGAGCGUUGAUCGAAGUAGUGAGGGAGGUUUGAGAGACGGGGAUGUGGAGAAGAAGUGGUGGCGGUUUAGACAGUCAGAGGUACAUCCUCAUGCCGUUUGA